UCCAUUCAACAUGGCGGCCGGUACGUCGACGUUCGGCAAAAAGGGUCCACGUUUUUCUUCGUCGUAACGUCUACGUUUCGCUUCUUUUCAACGAUUAAUUCCUUCCUUAUUAUCUAGAUCUACGUUGCACGUACAUAGAAUUUUGAUAGAUACUCACAAUAAGAUUUUGACUAGAGGAACGGAAGAAUUUUCGGGAUGUUUUCGGUGAGCCGUCUGCAGAGACGUCAGGUGGCGACGUUCGUGCUCACCUGGGUGGCGUAUGCGUCAACGUACCUGCUCAGGAAACCGUUGGGGGUGGUAAGGACUGACCUGGCGUCAGAACUGAGCCUUAAAACCCAGCUAGGAUGGCUGGAUACGUCCAUGCUACUGCCUUAUGCCACCAUGCAGAUGGUCCUGGGUCCUUUGGCAGACAGGUAUGGUGCCCGCAGCACCCUGGCCUGGUGCCUGUUUUUAUCGGCAGCCUCGAUGGUUUGGUUUGGCACAUGGAUAGAUGUGUUCCUUCUCAUGAUCAUGCUGUUUUUCAAUGGAGUUGCUCAGGCGCAGACCUGGCCGUGCUGUGUGAAGGCACUGGGUGCCUGGUACCCUGACAGGCAGCGUAACGCCAUAUUUGGGAUCUGGGGAACCUGUACCUUUGCUGGAGGUAUCAUAGGAACUGGCCUAGCAGUACACAUACAGAGGGCGUAUUCAUGGAGGUCUGUGUUCUUCUACCCAGCACUGGUGGUGGCUGCUGUGGGUGCACUAGUCUUCAUCUUCCUGUACACUCCAUGGGAGGUGGGGCUGGAUAUACCGGGUAAAGCUGCCAAGUCAUCCCCCUCCUAUACCCGUCCCAUGGUGUCCACCCCAUAUGGGGAGAGUAUGAGAACACUGCAGGCCCAGAGAUCACACAGGACUCCUGUUCUAUAUGCUGAUCCAGAGCCAGUGACCAAAGGAGGAAAUGGCAACUCCCUCAAAUUCUGGCAGCUGUUGGGAAUAAAAAUGUUACCAGAGCUGGCUGCUACAGUCUUCUUUGUAAAAAUUGUCAGGUACUGUCUGCUGAUGUGGCUGCCUAUGUACCUGUUUCAGGAGCUUCACUACACAAAGGCUCAAGCAGGCUUGCUGUCCACAUCAUUUGAGAUUGGUGGAGUUUUGGGAAGUGCAACGCUGGGGGUGUUUAUUGACAAAUUGUUCCAUGGCGACAGCCUCCAGGGUACAUCCACUGUCAUCAUGUUCAGCACCCUGUCCCUCAUCAUGUUCCUCCUCACCAGUAGCUGGGGGAUACCUUUCAACGUCAUGUGUAUGCUGCUGACUGGGAUGUUCAACUGUGGGCCUGACGCCAUCCUGACUGGGUCGCUACCCACCCAACUGGGUGACAAGGAUGGGAGAAAUGCACACGCUGCCAUCUCAGGGUUCAUUAAUGGUUUUGGCAGUGUGGGUACCGUGUUGCAGGGCCCCAUCAUCGGAGCCAUAGCAGAGUGGUACGGCUGGGAGGGCACCUUCUACUUCAUGAUCAUCGUCUCACUCAUAGCAACCUUCUGUAUCUGUCGGGCUGUGUCAACACGGCAAGAUCUCCCUGGAGCAUUGGUUAGAUAGCCGUCAACUAGCCAAACCAUCGGACUGUUCUAUACUUCAUGAUCAUCGUCUCACUCAUAGCAACUUUCUGUAUCUGUCGAGCUGUGUCUACACGGUAAGAUCUCCUUGGAGCCUUGGUUAGAUAGCCCAGUCAACUAGCCAAACCGUAUGACUGUUCUACUUCAUGAUCAUCGUCUCACUCAUAGCAACCUUCUGUAUCUGUCAAGCUGUGUAUACACGGCAGGGUCUGUCUGGAGUAUUGGUUAGAUAGCCCUGUCAAAUCAUCUGACUGUACUAAACUUCAUGAUCAUCGUCUCACUCAUAGCAACCUUCUGUAUCUGUCGAGCUGUGUCUACACGACAAGAUCUCCCUGGAACAUUGGUUAGAUAGCCCAGUCAACUAGCCAAACCAUCUGACUGUUCUACUUCAUGAUCAUCGUCUCACUCAUAGCAACCUUCUGUAUCUGUCGAGCUGUGUCUACACGGCAGGAUCUACCUGGAGCCUUGGUUAGAUAGCCCAGUGAACUAGCCAAACCUUCUGACUGUUCUACUUCAUGAUCAUCGUCUCACUCAUAGCAACCUUCUGUAUCUGUCGAGCUGUGUCUACACGGCAGGAUCUACCUGGAGCCUUGGUUAGAUAGCCCAGUGAACUAGCCAAACCUUCUGACUGUUCUACUUCAUGAUCAUCGUCUCACUCAUAGCAACUUUCUGUAUCUGUCGAGCUGUGUCUACACGACAAGAUCUGCCUGGAGCAUUGGUUAGAUAGCCCAGUCAACUAGCCAGUCUGACUGUUCUACUUCAUGAUCAUCGUCUCACUCAUAGCAACCUUCUGUAUCUGUCGAGCUGUGUCUACACGACAAGAUCUGCCUGGAGCCUUGGUUAGAUAGCCGUCAACUAGCCAGUCUGACUGUUCUACUUCAUGAUCAUCGUCUCACUCAUAGCAACCUUCUGUAUCUGUCGAGCUGUGUCUACACGACAAGAUCUGCCUGGAGCCUUGGUUAGAUAGCCGUCAACUAGCCAGUCUGACUGUUCUACUUCAUGAUCAUCGUCUCACUCAUAGCAACCUUCUGUAUCUGUCGAGCUGUGUCUACACGACAAGAUCUGCCUCGAGCGUUGGUUAGAUAGCCCUGUCAAAUCAUCUGACUGUACUAAACUUCAUGAUCAUCGUCUCACUCAUAGCAACCUUCUGUAUCUGUCGAGCUGUGUCUACACGACAAGAUCUGCCUGGAGCAUUGGUUAGAUAGCCCUGUCAA